CGUAUUUAGACUACCAUAGGCUUUCGACCUUUUCACUAUUGACCAUCUUGCUUGUCAUCAUCCUCUAGUCGUACUUCCACUGUGGCGUCAAAAUCUUGCCACACCGAGACACCGACACACACACACACACACACACACACACAACACUCUCCCUGUUUUCCCAGACCAUACUACAAUGGGCUCGACGACCGCGUACCCGUGCCUACCAGCCGGCGACCACAAAGCCUAUAUGGAAUACGCCCUUGACCAAGCGCGACUGUCCCCGCCAGCACCCACCAAAUUCUGUGUUGGGGCUGUUCUAGUUGAUGCCGAUAAGAACGAGAUCCUAUCCACAGGGUAUUCCAUGGAAUUACCCGGGGAUCGAACCGGCGAUCCGGGCAACACCCACGCAGAACACUGCUGCUUCAUCAAAAUCGCCGACCGGCACAAUGUGCCCGAAGAGAGGAUUGGGGAAGUGCUCCCGAGGAACACCGUCUUGUAUACCACCAUGGAGCCCUGCAAUAGGAGGCUGAGUGGCAAUCGGACUUGCUGUGACAGGAUCAUCGGACUGGGGAGCGCGAUCAAGGUGGUCUACGUCGGCAUCACGGAGCCGGAAAAGUUCAUCGGCGAGAACACGGGACGGAAGCGGUUAGAGGAUGCAGGUGUGCGAGUGGAAUUGAUCGAGGGGAUGGAGGACCGUAUAACCGAGGUCUCGACUGCGGGGCAUGAUAGCUGAAGUUGUUUUGCAUAUGAAUGCAUGUACCGUACCAGUUGCUAGUGGACGGUCCUAACAGGUGAAGUAUCACUUGAGAUCUCAAGUGACAACCUACGCUUGUUGCGCUCACAGUGGCGCAUUGAUAGAUACAACAAUAAAUCUUCGUGCUGAAUUAGAUAG